AUGUCUUCGCCAAAGGUGGUGGAGGUGGUAGAGGCGGCGGCGGUGGAGGAGGUAGAGGUGGUGGUGGUGGAGGAAGUCGUGGAGGCGGUAGCGGUGGAAGCGGCAAUCGGGGCGGCGGUGGGUCGCCUGCUAGGCCUCCUGCUGCCAAAGACCAAUCCUGUAAGCAAUGCUGGCAACUAUCGCUUCCCUCCGGGUAGCCAAGGAUACACGAAAGGUGGAUAUGGUUCCUUUGGUGCCCCUCCUCCGUAUUCUCAAGCCAACACACGAGGUUCUUUCACCAAUUAUCCGCAAUCGUACGCCGGUGGCUAUGGACCAGGUUCUCGUGCAGGUUGGGUUGGUGCAUACAAUCCUUCGCUUCUUUACUGGGCCAUUGUACCGUCCUUCUUCUUCCUUGGUUAUCAUCACAUGUACCAUCGCUACAAUAGUAAUAGCGGUGCCUACUAUGCCCCUCAGAUGACCGCGUCUGGAGGCAACGGCGAAGUCAUUAUCAACGGCACUGAAUACACCAGCAGCGAAGAUAACUACCACUAUACAUUCAACAUUACGACCAAUAAUGUUCUUCCCAUUGUUGAUCACGCCUACUACGCUUCCUCUGAUCCCGCUGCUCAUCCUGCCGAUUUCGUUUACCGUUUAACGUUUGCCAACAUCAUCGAAUUCGACGACGCUAAUCAGAACGGUUUCCUCGAUGCUAAUGAGCACAUUUUGGCUAUCACAUCGCUGCAGAAUGCGCAAUGGUCGCCCAUGUCGUUGGCCAACAAGACGGUGCCCUCCAACUCAACGCUAUCGUAUUAUGAAACAUCAGCUUCUUCCAGUGUCACCUAUAACAACACUGGAGCCACAACCGGCAACCAGACUUUUAACGUUCAGUUGACUUGGAGAUCGACGAAUCUACAGAUUAACAACACAGCCCCCCUUACUUUGCAACCUAAUUCGUUACAGUACGAUUUCGCUGUUAGUGGAUAUCCCAAGUCGGCUAAUUCACGCAUUGCCUUGACGCAAGUGCUGACACUCAAGCCUGAUACCGGCGUGUGGUUUGAUGUGAAUAUGACAACACCGGUUGACGUGGCGAAUCAGAUUAAGACAAAUGAAACAUAUGGUAUAUCGGUCGGUGGAUACUCUGAAGGACGCCUUGAAUAUCAGCCCACCGUCAAUAUUACGGAUGCUACCCAAGUGCCUUCGACGUGGACGACAUUGGACCCUGUGCAGAUCAAUCAGUUAUCUUACAAUUCUCCCAAUGAUUGGAUCUGGGGUGAUGUAACGGCAGACAAGCGAAAAGCCAAAUUGCUCUUUAUUUCCAUGCCUUAUCAGUCUGCCGAUAACACUGUCAAUAACUCCACCCAAGGCAGCAAAGUGAACGCUAGAAUUUCCGGCUUUGGUUUUCUCAAUACAGAUGUUCUGAAUGCUGGUGCUGGAGGCAGUUCUGGAGGCUCUCCUGUUGGCGUGCCUGUCGGCAGUCUUGGGUCUACGAUUCGUUUAUCCAUUGCCUUGAUCACCGUCUCUCUGUUUUUCACUAUGAUGUAA